AUGCCAUCACUACGGGACAAAAGCCGUACUGGCCCAAUCCCAACUCGAAUUGGAAUGCUCAAAAGAAUUCAAGAUUUAGAGCUUUCUAGCACACAACUGUCAGGUCAUAUCCCAAAAGAGAUUGGAAAUUGCAGCGAAUUGCAGUACCUGUACUUGUAUAGUACUUUAAUCUCUUGUCCAAUCCCAAGUCGAAUUGGAAGUUGCAAAGAGCUGAUAUAUAUUGAUGUCUCAACGAAUCUUCUAACUGGCAACAUACCGAGAAGCUUUGGAAAACUUAUGAAGCUUCAAGAAGUAUACUUACUGGGUAACGACUUUGAGGGUGCAAUUCCUGACGAUUUUGGAAAUUGCACAGAGUUGAAAAUCUUUGAUGUCUCAGAUAAUUUUUUGACGGGCAGCAUAUCGAGAAGUUUUGGAAAACUUAUGAAGCUUCAAGAUCUAAGAUUAGGGAACAACAGUUUAGGUCUAAUUCCAGAUGAUCUUGGAAAUUGCACAGAGCUGAAAUAUUUUGAUGUCUCAUAUAAUUUUUUGAUUGGCAACAUACCGAGAAGUUUUCAAAAACUUAAACUUCAGGAUCUAAGAUUGCGGAACAUCAGUUUAGUGGGUGCAAUUCCUGAUUAUUUUGUCAACUACACAGAGUUGACAAACUUGGAUAUCUCAAGGAAUCUUAUAAUUGGCAGCAUGCCUAGAAGUUUUGGAAAACUUUUGAAGCUUCAAACCCUUAACUUAGCUUUCAAUCGGUUGUCAGGUAUAAUACCUGUUGAAAUUGUAAACUGCACAGAGCUAACUCAUCUGUACUUGCACAACAAUCAAUUUUCGGGUGAGAUUCCUAUUGGUCCAGUGGAAAUCUAA